CAGCCGCCGCGCGGGGCAUCCUUACAGCAUCUUGUGGCGGAUCGCGGGUUGUUGUGAAUCGGUGAGAAUGAAGCUCAACGCCGCGUGCCUGCUGGCGCUCUUGGCCGGCUUGUGCUCCGGCUUCCAGAAACCAGGGGGUCAGGUGCCUAGCGACCAGACGCAGGCCAAGCACAUUUUCGAGAAGCCGCUCACCUGGAGCUACCCCGAAGGGCCCACGGCGCCUGUGGAGCCGGUGCCCGAUUUUGAGAUCAGGCAACCGGUCCAAGCCGCCACCGUCUCGGUGGAGUGCCGCGAGAGUCAAGCGCGCGUGGAGGCCCAGAUGGACUUUUUUGGAAUAGGCCAGUUCAUCAAACCCUCCGACCUCACCUUGGGUCCCUGCGGUGCCGUGGGCGAGGACACUCAAGCGCACGUACUGAUUUUCGAGACCGAGCUGCAAGACUGUGGCAGCAUGUUACAGAUGACAGAUGACACGCUGAUAUACACCUUUACUCUGAACUACAGCCCCACAAGACUUGGCGGCUCCCCUGUGGUGAGGACCAACGAAGCGGCUGUGAUUGUGGAAUGUCACUACCCAAGGCACCACAACGUGAGCAGUCUCCCUCUCGACCCGCAAUGGAUCCCGUUCUCCGCAGUCAGGGUCGCCGAGGAGUUCUUGUAUUUCACUCUGAGCCUGAGGACAGACGACUGGAUGUUCGAGAGGCCCCGCAUCCAGUACUACCUGGGAGAUAUGAUCCGUAUCGAGGCCUCGGUCAUGCAAUAUCACCACGUGCCCCUCCGAGUUUUUGUGGAAAACUGCGUGGCUACUCUCUCGCCUGAUAUUAACUCCAGCCCUAGAUAUACCUUCCUGGAUAAUGGGUGUUUGAUCGACGCCACGAUAACCGGCGCAGACUCCAGGUUUAUGCAACGGACAGUGGAGAACACGCUUCAGUUCCAGUUUGAGGCAUUCAGAUUCCAGGGUGCCGAUAGCGGGCAGCUCUACAUUACCUGCCAGUUGAGAGCCACGUCAACGGGCCAUGAUAUUGACGUUGACCAUAGAGCCUGCUCCUACAUCAACGGCUGGAGAGAGGCUAGCGGCGUGGAUUCGGCGUGCAGCACCUGUGACGCCGGAGGAGGCCAACAAACCAACAUAUGGCACGGCGGCGACGGCAGCACGGGAGGCGGGAACACGGGAGGCGGCAACACAGGAGGUGGCAACACCGGAGGCGGCAACACGGGAGGCGGUCAAUGGAGCACCGGUGGCAAAAAAUGGACCACGGGAAGCAGUACCACGGGAAGCAGCACCACGGGAAGCGGCGUUAGCUGGACAACAACCGGUGGCAGUGGAAGCGGCACUCAAACAAGCGGGUCUAAAAAAAUCUGGACCCAACAAAGUGGGGGCACGGGCUCCGGCGGCACGGGAAGCGGUACCACGGGGAGUGGCACCACGGGAGGCGGCGUUAGCUGGACAACCACCGGCGGCAGUGGAAGCGGCACUCAAACAAGCGGGCCUAAGAAAAUCUGGACCCAACAAAGUGGGGGCACCGGCUCUGGCGGCACGGGAAGCGGCGUUAGCUGGACAACCACCGGCACUGGUGGAAGUGGCACUCAAUCAAGCGGGUCUAAGAAAAUCUGGAGCCAACAAAGCGGCACCACCGGCUCCAGCGGCACGGGAAGCGGCACCACGGGAGGUGGCGUUAGCUGGACCACCACCGGUGGCAGUGGAAGCGGCACUCACACAAGCGGGUCUAAGAAAAUCUGGAGCCAACAAAGCAGCACCCCCGGAACCGGAACUGGUACUGGUACCGGAACUUCAGGUGUUACCUGGACCCAUGGAGGUGGCUCCACCACAUCAAGUACCUGGACCACUGGCAGUGGUGGUGGCGGUGGUGUCAUCUCAAAACCAGGAGGCCAAAAACCAGGCGGCCAAAAACCAGGUGGCAGCAAUCCCGGCGUCCAGACAGGCAAGCAAACCGUUACCUGGAACCCCACCGGAGGAAGUACCAGCUCUAGCACUAGCACUAGCACGACCACCUGGACCACCACCUCGACCGGCGGCACCACCUGGAGCGGAAGAAAAGGCCGUUCUAUCAAAGAAGCCCAAGAUUAUGAAUGGAGAGGUAUCGUCACACUGGGUCCUUUCGAUAUUGCAGAGAAACUUGCAUAAAGUCGGCCAUGAAAUAAACAUUCUGAUUGGAUCUUGACUGACUGGAUGUUAUUCCCUGCACAACCACCCUUCUUCAUAUUGCCUUAAAAUCCAAGAGUUGAUCUUUACGUACGCACGUUUUCACUUAUUUUGCGCUACUGCUGCUGCUGUGUAAUACAUAUAUAUAUUUUCCCAAGUCAGGGUUUUGAAUGGAAAUAAAAUUGGAGUUGUGUGAAACGCUGGUGUCAUGAUGUGCACACAAUCUA